AUGACUGUACUUCGCGCCUUCCUGGUGUUUCUCUGCACGUUUCUAGUCGCCGUGCACCUUCCUGCCGUGACGGCGGAUAUCGUGAACCCCACUCUCGCCGCAACUCUCGCCGGGCAUGGUGAACUCGGCGCGCUGGGCGGGAACGCCCCCGCGAAAGACGUUCGCAAGAACGCGGAUGUGAGGGCGAUCCGUUAUAGCAUCCGCACUCUCAUGAAUGAGCGCGAGAAGGAGUCGCCCCAUGCGCGGGCUGUUCGCGUUCUGGCCGCGGCGGACGCAAUGCUCUCCGCGCCGCUGCAGGGGGAAGGCGCGGAUGCUGACGUGGCAGCGGAAGAGCCGAGGGGGAGCAAGAAUGGCGGAAAGAAGGGCGGGACGAAGGGUGGAAAUACGAGGAAGGAUGAGGGGCAUACGCGGAAAGACGAGGGAAAUACGGGGAAGGAUGAUGAUAAUAAGAGAAAGGAUGAGGAGAACAAGAGGAAGGAUGAGGAGAACAAGAGGAAGGAUGAGGAGAACAAGAGGAAGAAUGCGGAGAACAAGCGGAAGGAUGCGGAGAAUAAGAAAAAGGAUGAGGAGAAUAAGAGGAAGGAUGCCUUGAACAAGCAAAAAGAUGAGGAGAAUAAGAGGAAGGCUGGGGGCAAUACAAGGAGGGAUGGGGGCAACAUGAGGAAUGAUGGGGGCAACAAGAGGAGUGAUGGGGGGAAUACGAGGAGUGAUGGGGGGAAUACGAAGAGGGAUGGGGGGAAUACGAAGAGGGAUGGGAGGAAUACGAGGAGGGAUGAGGGGAAUACGAGGAGGGAUGGGGGGAAUACGAGGAGGGAUGGGGGUCAUACAAGGAGGGAUGGGGGUCAUAGGAUGAAGGAUGGGGGCAAUGCGAGGAAGGAUGGAGGGGAUAUGGGGAGCGACAGCGUGGAGAAUUUUUAA